AGAUAAGCGAAGUACGAAGAAAAGAGAAUUCGUGUGGGUUUUUUUUGGGGGGAAGGGGAGGGGGGGAGAAGGGGAGAAAGAAAGUGUGGGUGGAGUUUAGUGGUUGAUUUAGUUGUUGUUGGCAGCAGUCGACAAUUAAUGAAGAUACGAUGUUUUGGCCGAACAAAAACAUUGCUUUCCCAAUCCGGCUAGCUUCAUCCCGCCGCCCGCCUUUUGGUUUCACCGCCGCAUUUGACAGACAAACUUCCAGUGCACUACCGCGAGUAUCACUACUCCGUAUGGAGUAUCUCCCUCUCCAUCAAGGCCUUCGGAGAGAAGAGUCAUUGCGGAUGAAACUGCUGAUACAAGCAUCUCUCACCAGAUCACAGCCCGAAAUCUCCCAGCCUCCGUCUGCCCCUCGCGCACUACAUGGGCUGAUGCAACUGCCCCCCGAUCGAGCCCGAAGCUUCAACCCAGCUUAGUCAACGGGGUGGCUACGGCGAUCACCCCAUGUUCCGUGUGUUCCAACAUUUCCUC